AUGCCCCGGUUCUUUCUUUCCUGGGUAUUUGUGACCCUUCUCUGCUGGCCAUGUCUCGCAGUAUAUGUUGCCAAAGACCAAUUCAAAAGCUGGUAUCCUGAGUUCGGGCCUACCUUCGAAGCGAUCAUCGAGGGCAACUGCUCCGCCGAGUACGAAAGAUACUUGACGAUUCCGAGAGAAAAUGCCACCAUCGACUGGUUUACCGGUGGCGGCAAUACGAACAGGCUGGCUCAGCCCGUAGCAAACUGUAUUCUGGGCAACACUUCUGAGUAUAUCAUGAGCAACAUGGCAGCUGCCGCAGUCGUCCUCGGACUCAUGCCAACGAUCCUCGCCACAGUCGGUAACAGCGUGGAAGAAACCUCGACGCUCUGCGUCAUCGGACAGAGACCGCUCAUCGCCCUACUUGUGGCUGCUGGAUCGCCUGCCAUCCAUCCCGUCCGAUCGUUCGAGUACAUGAAUCCGAUGAAGCUGGUCAAGCCCCGGCACUACCGUUUACGCACUGAACGUUCAUCCGUACCGCUUAGGACGGUUACUCUCGCUAUCGAAUUCCUUGCUGCAAUUGCGGCCAUCAUCAACACCUACACACUUUGCAACCAGCUGGGCGUGAUGGUUCUUGUGGGCUCGAACACGGAUCACCAGGGGUACUCGGCGUGA